ACAAGAUUCUUACAAAUUUUACGAUUCAUGGCGAAUGAAUCUAAUUUGAUGGAAAAAAUAAGGCCUCAUAGAUUUCUUUGGUGUAAUAGCGACCUCAAAUAUAGGGACACUGCAGCAAGUAAAAUAAAAUGGGAAGAGAUAGGGAAGAUAUAUGACUUAAACUAUGAUCAAAUAAAAAAAAAGUUCUCAGCUAUAAAGUCAAAAUUUAAUAAAUUUUAUUCCCUUUCAAAAAAAUCAGGUUCUGGUGCUGCUAUGAUAAGCAGUAGGCACUUGAAAUUUAUAGAGGAUUAUUUUUGGUUAAAAGAAAAUGUGGAAGAUAUUUGUAAGAAUGCAGAGGCAAGUUUUAGUUUGGAUCAAAUAUCUUCACAUGAUUAUGAACAAAAUAUCCAAGAUGUGGUGAAUGUACAAACAUCAUCACAGGAUUACGAGUUAUAUACACAUGAUCUUUUAACUGAUAUUGUUAAUCCUACUGAUAUAUAUGAGAAAGAAAUUUUAGAGUUAGACAAUUCUUUUAAUAAAGAAAAUAUUAAUCCAUGUAGCUCAAAGAGGAAGAAUUUAGAUACUCCUAAAUCUAAAGCUAAAAAAUCUAAGAAGUAUGAAGAUGAAAAAAUGGAGAUAUUUAGGGAUACAUUUAUAUAUUUAAUAAUUAUUAAUUUUUAAAAUAGGUUUUGCUGCCAAACAUACAUCCCAAGGAGAUGAUCCCCAUAAUAUUAUGGGUUUUUUCAAAUCAUAUCAAGCUCAAUUUAAUAUUAUGACUGAUAAAGAAAUUUUUGAUUUUAAAUUAAAAUUUAUAACAACAAUGUUAGUUUAGUUUAUACUAUAUUUUUUU